AUGAACACCAGCCGAGCCAUAGUGCAGUUGGGAGAAUCGUUGAUGAAAAUUGGAGGGUUCAGAAAAAGGCGAAGCAAAAAGACUUUGACAGCUCCUAAAGUGGAAGUGAAGAAGUCUGCAGCGCCGGAAUAUACCGUCUCGAAUGAUGAUGUCGCUGAAACCAGCAAAGAAGAGACCGAGACUCGCCAUGAGUGUACAUCUUGUACAGAGCAGUAUCCGCUGUCGGAUAUUAUUCAAACAGAAUGUGCUCACAAUUAUUGCCGCGAAUGUAUUCCGCGCCUCUUCGAAAAUUCCCUUACGGACGAAGCCCUGUUUCCUCCUCGAUGUUGCCGUAUGCCGAUUUGUGUCUCUACCGCCGUCGAGGAUAUGAUCGGUAUCGAGAUGAUGAAGAGAUACGAGGGACGGAAGACCGAAGUCAGCGAUUCUCAGCGAACUUACUGCGCAAACUCAACCUGCUCUCGCUAUAUCCUGCCACAGAACAUCCGUCGUGGGGUGGGAACCUGCGAGUUUUGUAGUGCUCGAACGUGCACCGAUUGCCAAAAGCAGGCACACAGGGGCGAUUGCAACGAGAAGAAUAAGCGCAGCCGCCGUGCUUCUGAUGAAAAGGCCAAUGAUGAUUUGCUGGAAGCACUAGCAAAGAAGAAGAAGUGGCAACGAUGUCCGAAGUGCUCUAGGAUCAUAGAGCGUGUAAAUGGCUGCUUGUCAAUGUAG